AUGAACGACAAAAUUACUCGUUGGAGCUCUAAACCCAUAGGAAAAGGGAAAAGAAAGGAGAACUCACAGAUUUCUUGGAUUCCACCACGCUCGGGAUCUCUGAAAAUAAAAGUAGAUGGAGCGUUUCUGGAGAGAGAAGGGGCUGGUGCGGUGUCGUGGGUGUGCCGAGACUCCUCCGGAAUGCUGAUUGACGGAUUCGCGAGCUCUGUGCAGGUUCGAUCUCCCCUCCAUGCCGAAACCUUAGCUCUGUUGGAAGCAUUGAAGUGGCUAAACUCACGUGGCUUUGAAGAGAAAGAAUGUAAAGAGAUAGAGUUGGAGUCAGACAAUCUCUUUUUAGUUAGAAUGCUUCAAGGCACAGAUCAGGUCUCUUGGGAAGUCCAUGCGCUGAUGAGAGAGAGUAAAGACUUGCUUAUCAGAGUAAAAGGUCUCCGGUUGGCCCACUGUGCACGGACCCAGAACAAGGUUGCGGACUGGAUCGUUAAAGCUCAAGUCCAUAAUAUCCUCCCACUCAACUGGGUUUUCAAUCCACCACAAGCCCUUUGGGAUUUGUUAUGCUCAGAAGCUCUUUUUGUGUACUUAUCAACUGUUUAA